AUGACACACGACACGACUGACCUGCAUACCAAUGGCGCCGCCUCCAGCGCACCAUAUUCUAUCAAAGAGGAGACGCUGGGCACACCGAGAAAGCUCCGAGUGAUAAUGAUCGGGGCCGGGGCCAGUGGACUGAAUCUCGCGCGGCACAUGGAACUGCAUAUGCAAAACUAUCAGCUGCAACUUUACGAAAAGAAUAAGGAUAUUGGAGGAACGUGGUUUGAGAACAGAUACCCAGGAUGUGCUUGCGAUAUUCCCUCGCAUAACUAUCAGUACUCCUGGGAACCCAAUCCAGAGUGGUCCACCUUCUACUCCCAAGCGGGGGAGAUUUUCAAGUACUUCAAGAAUAUCGCCAUCAAGUAUGACUUGUACAAGUAUAUUCGCCUCGACCAUUUGGUGACUGGGGCCGUCUGGGACGAGGAGAAGGGUAUCUGGAACUUGAAGAUCACAAAUAACACGACCAGGGAGAUUGUUUGUGACUGGGCGCAUAUCCUCAUCAAUGGCUGUGGUGUUCUCAAUAAUUGGAAAUGGCCUGAUAUUCCCGGUCUACACUCAUUCAAGGGCGAUCUCAUACACAGCGCCGCAUGGCCCGAAGACUAUGAUUAUAACAAAAAGAACGUCGCUGUUUUAGGAUGUGGAUCAUCUGGAGUGCAAAUAGUUCCUACCAUUCAACCAAAGGUUAAAUCACUAACCACCUUUAUCCGGACCCCCACCUGGAUUACUGCUGGAUUUGCCCAGAGUCAUGCGGGACCUGGGGGCGCCAAUUUUGAGUUUACCGAAGAGCAAAAGAAGACUUUCCGUGAGAAUCCCGAAAAGUAUCUUGAGUACAGGAGAGCAAUUGAAGGGGAACUCAACAAGAGAUUCAGAUUUGUUAUCGUCGAUAGCAAAGAACAGGCAGAGGCACGGGAGUAUUCAAUCAGAGAUAUGACCACGAAACUGGGCAAUGACCCGCGAUUGGUGAAAGCGUUGUUGCCCAAUUUUGCAGUUGGAUGUCGCCGACCAACUCCGGGGAAUGGCUAUCUCGAGUCAUUAACGAAAGAGAAUGUCCGAGUGGUAACUGAUAAUAUUUCCAAGGUAGUGCCGGAGGGGAUUGUUCUAUCCACUGGGGAGGUUCUUAAGGUAGAUUCCUUUAUAUGCGCCACUGGAUUUGACAUGUCCUUUGCACCGCGUUUCGACUUGGUUGGCCGUGAUGGCAAGCGUCUGACUGAGCAAUGGAAGGAGAAGCCGACGGCAUAUCUCUCAUUGGCGGCUGCAAAUUUCCCCAACUACUUCAUGUUCCUCGGACCAAAUGCUCCUAUCGGCCAUGGCAGUGUACUGCCGAUCGUGGAGCAUUCGACUAAGUACAUGAUCAACUUUAUGAAGAAAAUCCAAUCCCAGUGUAUCAAAGCCGUGACACCUAAACCUGAGGCUAUCCGAGAAUAUGAUAUCCACAUCACCGAAUUCAUGAAGCGAACGGCAUGGGCCACCCCGUGCAGAAGUUGGUUCAAGAAUGGAAAGAUCGAUGGACCUGUUAUUGCUGUUCAUCCUGGAAGUCGUGUUCACUGGUUCCAUUUGAUGGAUGAUAUUCGCUAUGAAGAUUGGGAAUACACCUACUUCAGCAAUAAUCGUUUCCAGUAUCUGGGCAAUGGCUUUUCGAUUAGGGAGGACCCAGGAAAAGACACCACUGAUUAUUUAGCAUUGCCAGACAAGGGCUAUAGAGAUUACUGA